AUGGCAAACCUAAGGGGAGUGGCCCUGGAGGUCCCUGUGAAUAGCCCCACGUUCCCUGUUGCUCCUGAAGGGGGCUGCGAAAACAGCCCCAAAGGAACUCUGCAUGCUUAUGCAGCACUUUCAGAGGCGCCGUCGUCGAGCCCUUACCAACGUAUGGGAGGCGCUGCGCUCGAACCACCUGCUGAGAGUGCUGCUGCUGCUGUAGGAAUAUAUGCAGCAGCAGGAGAUUAUCUGCAGAGAGCAGCUGAGCAAAUCCUUAACGGCGAGUCAUGCACAGGUGCAAAUGCAGUCACAGCUACAACGAACGCCUGCCACGUCAAAUCGUUCGAGGAGAUCAUCUCUUCUGGGGCUGGGCACAGUGCCGUUGCUGCAGGUAAGAGAAGGCGUAGCACCAGAGCCGCAUGCAUACAGCACGCAGCAGAAUCUUGUUCCUUCAACGACACCCAAGGUGUCAUCAACAGGGUUGGCAAUCCUCGAGACAACGCAUGUGGGGCACUAGCGGUCCCACAAGGCACCUUAUGGCCCAGCAUCUCUGCGCAGCCUUUACCAGACAACGACAGAGACGCUGAGGAGAGAACAGGUACCUCUCGUCCUCUCUCCGAAGAAACAGGAACAGCAGAAAAGGCAUUAGGUGGUAAACGACGAAUUCGACCUACUCGACGUUAUGAAGAAUAUAUGCUGCAGGCUUCUCUGGUUGCCGGAGAAAGCAGGAGACAGAAACAAAACAGCAAAGCAGCUGUCUCCAAAUGCAACAUCAGGUUAUCUGUGACCAGCAAGCAAGAACCAGAUACACGGAUGACGGUGUCUGCCUGGUUGGGGGUUCCAAGCGGGGGCAAAAGAACAGCAAAAACCCCACCACGACUUGCAUGCACAGAGACACCGCCGCAGGGCCCAAUGGUGCAUGCAGAUCGAGGGGAUCCACCUCAAGCGCCAAGCAAAAGACAAAGCUCAGGAACACCAAAUGGAGGUAUUGAUGAGACGUCUGGAGGGGUCGUUGCCCUGAAGUCGGCUCUGCGCACACAGCGGCGUGCAGCAGCAGCAGCAGCAGCAGCCAAGAGAGCAACAGCUGCUGCAGCUACGGGUAUGACAGUGUCUGCUGCUUCAGCCGUUUCCUUCGCUGUCACAGCGCCCUUCGUUGGAGAAGAGGCGCCAAGUAGAGACAGCGAGAAGGAAGCAUUUUUAGAUGUGUGCUUCGAAGCUUUUUUUGGACAGGCGGUGGAGUUUCUAAACUCCGAGGCUGAAGCUGUCGCACAGUCCCCAAUUACUCAUGACUGCAUCUCUUUGCUGCCUUCAAAGCAGUCGGCUAUCAGAGGUGAAACCCUGGAUAUCUCACGGCAGCCAACGAUGGCAGCUGAGCUUGCCCUGGGGAGGCAAACCCUGCAGCAGCCGACCAAGCACCAGUUGCUUGCUGACAUCCCUCUUCUGCCUCUCUUCACGGCUACACUGCAGCAACUGACGACGGAAGCUGAUGCAGAUGGGGCUCUGGCAGCACCAAAGUCCACGGGCUCCAUGGGAGAGCCGAAGAAUGAUACAGGCAAAUGCUUCGCUCGGGCCGCUGAAGCACCAGCUCAAAGGCCGGCGGUUAAAGCUGCGUUUCCUCAGGUGGCAGUUCACCGGCAACAGCAGCAGCAAGCGCAGCAACACGGUCAGCAGCAGGAGCACCAGCAGCAGGAGCUGAACCAGCAUGCGGCCCAACGACGGACGACUGUAGCUCCCCCCAGCAGCGGUGACGAGGAGGGGCCCUCCUCUCAGGGUACAAGAGUGGCAGGGAGGGCACUCCGCAUGCAACAGCUGGCGGAGGUGCAUUUUCUUCAGGUGGACUGUGAACGUCAAUACAAGGUGUCUGUCGUGAAGGAAUUGCAGGCAGUAGCAGCUCUUUGCUCCUGCGCUGCUUCCCGCAGCAUCUGCAUGCAGCCUGAUUGCAUGGAGACAAACCCCUCCUGCAACAUCUGUUUGUCGCCAGUGAAAAGGCUCCAGGUGCAGCAAGAUAUGCUGGGGGAGCGCUUUCAGCAGCUGACGCUGCUUGAACACCUCCACAUGCUCGUCCGUGUGCGUAGCAUCCUCAGUACGGGUCUCGAAACGGGCAGUGGUGAGGAGGCGACAGAGACAGCAGCAAGAAAGAAAACACAUAAGACCCGUAAAGACACAUUCCCUGCUCCUGCUGACGUCUUCAAUGAAUCUGCAGUGAACGCUAGAGGCUACAUGUUGGUGGAGGACAGGCAAAACCUCCAAGCAGAUGCCUCCACUGGAGAUACAGAACGAGACAGCUCGGCGGCAGGCACCUCAUGA